UGUGCGACCGUCAAGCCGACGAAGGACCAAAUUUUAUUCUAUGCACAAGCUCUUCAGUCCUAAUUCUCGGUGAAAAGGACUUUGAGUUAGGCAGCUGAUGGUCAGAGCAAAUUCUGCUGUUUAUUCCUUGAUGCUGGUAGAUAGCAUGGAAGACACCGAAACAGUUUCUAGUGGCAUUGAAUCAGCAGGAAUGAUGUUGGAACAGCUUGGGAAGGCAUUUGCUGAUCUGGAGUCUCACAAAGAAUCAUCUCUGCAAAGCAAGAUCAAGUGGGAUGAAAUCAAAGAACAUUUCCAGAGUCUGGAGAGAUUGUUGAAGGAUAAAUUGGAGGAAGUAAAAGUGAAGAAGAAGGCUUUUGAGGAGAAGCAAUCAGAAGCUCAGGCAUUGAUUGCAGAAAAGGAGGCUGCUGUUUCUGCAAAAGAACAUGCUUCAUUAGCUCGUCUCCAGGAGCUGAGGGACUCAGCUGUUUCAGCCAUAGCAGAGGCACGUCACAAGUAUAAGGUGGCAUCUCCUGAGCCUAUUGAUGUCAGGGGAAGCAAAGAAAAAAAGGUAAGCACCUCUCCCAAUGAUAUCAAUGCACCAAAUCCUGCUUCAGAGGAAAAAAAUCCUGAUAAUGCAUCAUGCGAGGUCCGUCCUCGGUUGAAGCAACUUUGCCAACAGAUGGAUGCAAAGGGACUUCUGAAAUUUAUUUUAGAAAAGAAGAGGAACCUUGGCAGCCUACGUGAGGAACUUUCACUAGCGCUGAAAUAUGCAACUGAGCCAGCCCGUUUGGUGCUGGAGUCCUUAGAGGGCUUCUACCCUCUUGACCAAUCUAAUUCACCAGGGAAUGAGGAUAAUACCCUUCAGGGCCUGCGCAGAAGCUGUCUUCUAGUGAUGGAAUCUGCUGCCCCUCUAUUGGGGUCAACAGAGCAAGGUGUUAAUCCUUUGAGCUCUGAAAUUAAACAGCAGGCCAAAGAAAUUGCUGAUAAAUGGAGGCCGAAGUUGGCUGGUUUAAAUUUAGAUGCUUCUAAUGGGUAUUCAUUGGAAGCACAAGCAUUUCUGCAGCUCCUUGCUACUUUUAGCAUUGCACCAGAAUUUGAUGAAGACGAACUUUGCAAGCUCGUCAUAGCUGUCUCUCGUCGCAGGCAGGCACCUGAGUUUUGCCGUUCUCUUGGAUUAACACACAAAACGCCAGGCCUUAUUGAAGACCUGGCUAGCAAAGGGAGGCAAAUUGACGCCGUCCACUUUGCACAUGCCUUUCAGCUUACCGAUCAGUUUCCUCCUGUCCCUUUGUUGAAAGCAUAUCUAAGGGACUUGAAAGAUGCCAAAGAAACUAAUGAAGACACAAGCACUGCUGCUGUACAGAAGGACUCUGCAUCUGAUGAGCUAGGUGCCAUAAGGGCUGUCAUUAAGUGUAUCGAGGAGUACAAGCUCCAAGAAGAGUACCCUCUGGAUCCCCUCCAGAAACAAGUUGCUCAGCUUGAAAAGGCUAAAGCUGACAAGAAACGAGGUGGAGAUACUGCAAAAUUCCAACCAAAAAGGCCUCGUGCAAGUGGAGGCUAUGUUCCUCGUAGGCAUGCUGGUGCUGUCAACAACUGGCAGCGCCCACCCUUGGCUUUUGAUCAUAGGGCUCCGUAUGCUGGUGGUGCCGAAAGGUAUGCUUACAACGUACCACCAGCCUACGAAGCACCACCGGUACAUGCUGCAUAUGGGCAACAAGCACACCCUCAGAGAGCAUACCACUAUCCAGAUGAGCGAGGCCCCUCUGUGCCCUAUGGCGGUGCCACAGCGAACUAUGGAAGCUACACAAACACUACCUUGCAUUCUGCUUCGAACAACUAUGCUAAUUAUAUGGGCCCUGGAGUGCCAUCUGCUUCGUCAACCUAUGGGGGAUACACUGGCACUAGUUAUCAACCCCCACACCAGUCUUAUAUGUGAAGGUGAUCACCAGACACCCAGGAUGUAGUAGCUGCUAGAUGAACAUUUUAGAAUAGGUAAUCGAAAUAUGGCAGCAAGCACAUGUUAUCUGAUGGAUGCAAUCUUGAACUCACUUUCUGACCCUUCUGAUGGUCAAAUUUAUUUCCUGGAUCUUGAGAUGUAACCUUGUAUGGUAUAGUAGUUCUCGUGUUCCGUGCUUCUCGAGUCUCA